CGCUGUUGUGCCCUCCGUGGUAAAUAAGCGGGGGAGUGAGAGGUGCAUGAGAUGGAGAAAAAUGGCGGAUCAUGUGCAGGGCCUCGCCCAGCUGGAGAUCCUGUGCAAGCAGCUGUAUGAGACCACCGACACAUCAGUGAGACAUCAGGCAGAGAAAGCGUUAGUGGAGUUCACCAACAGCCCCGACUGUCUGAACAAGUGUCAGCUGCUGCUGGAGAGAGGGAGUUCUUCGUACUCGCAACUUCUGGCAGCCACAUGUUUGUCUAAACUAGUGUCUCGAACCAGCAACCCUCUACCCCUUGAGCAACGCAUUGACAUCCGGAACUAUGUGCUGAAUUACCUGGCCACGCGGCCGAAGUUGGCAGCCUUUGUCACGCAGGCUCUGAUCCAGCUCUACGCGCGGAUCACCAAGCUGGGCUGGUUCGACUGUCAGAAGGACGACUAUGUCUUCAGAAACGUCAUCGCCGACGUCACCCGCUUCCUGCAGGACAGCGUGGAGCAUUGUAUCAUUGGGGUCACCAUUCUGUCUCAGCUGACCAACGAGAUCAACCAGGUGCGUCCUCCGCCUGCUGUUUCCUUGUUGCCGGAGUACACUGGUAACGCUUUGUGUGCUCAGGCCGACACGACUCACCCGCUGACCAAACAUCGCAAGAUUGCGUCGUCCUUCAGGGACUCGUCGCUUUUUGACAUCUUCACACUUUCCUGCAACCUGCUCAAACAGGCGUCUGGCAAGAACCUGAACCUGAACGACGAGUCGCAGCACGGCCUGCUGAUGCAGCUGCUGAAGCUCAGCUACAACUGCCUCAACUACGACUUCAUAGGAACGUCCACAGACGAGUCCUCAGAUGACCUCUGCACCGUCCAGAUCCCCACCUCCUGGAGAUCAGCGUUCCUCGAUUCCUCCACUCUGCAGCUCUUCUUCAACUUGUAUCAUUCCAUCCCUCCGUCCCUCUCUCCGCUGGUUCUGUCGUGUCUGGUCCAGAUCGCCUCGGUCCGGAGGUCUCUCUUCAACAAUGCCGAGCGAGCCAAGUUUCUCUCUCACCUGGUGGACGGAGUGAAACGAAUCCUGGCCAAUCCACAGUGUUUACCUGACCCCAACAACUACCACGAGUUCUGUCGGCUGCUGGCCCGGCUGAAGAGUAACUACCAGCUGGGGGAGCUGGUGAAGGUGGAGAACUACCCUGAGGUCAUCAGACUCAUUGCCAACUUCACUGUCACAAGUCUGCAGCACUGGGAGUUUGCUCCCAACAGUGUCCACUACCUGCUGAGUCUGUGGCAGCGGUUGGCGGCGUCGGUCCCGUACGUCAAAGCCACUGAGCCUCACCUGCUGGAGACGUACACGCCCGAGGUGACCAAGGCCUACAUCACGUCACGGCUGGAGUCGGUCCAUGUCAUCCUCAGAGAUGGUCUGGAGGACCCCCUGGACGAUGCGGGUCUGGUCCAGCAGCAGUUGGACCAGCUGUCCACCAUCGGGAGGUGCGAGUACGAGAAGACUUGCGCGCUGCUGGUGCAGCUGUUCGACCAGGCGGCGCAGACGUACCAGGAGCUGCUACAGUCCACCAACUCCAGUGCCGCCGACAUCACUGUGCAGGAGGGCCGACUGACAUGGCUGGUUUAUAUCAUUGGCGCUGUAAUCGGCGGUCGCGUCUCGUUCGCCAGCACAGACGAGCAGGACGCCAUGGAUGGCGAGCUGGUUUGUCGCGUGCUGCAGCUGAUGAACCUCACAGACUCGCGGCUGGCUCAGGCGGGGAACGAGCGGCUGGAGCUCGCCAUGCUCAGCUUCUUUGAGCAGUUCAGGAAGAUUUAUAUCGGGGACCAGGUGCAGAAAUCAUCCAAGCUUUAUCGCCGACUAUCAGAAGUUCUGGGUUUGAACGAUGAAACGAUGGUACUGAGCGUUUUUAUCGGGAAAAUCAUCACAAACUUGAAGUACUGGGGCCAGUGUGAACCCAUCACCUCCAAGACCCUGCAGCUGCUCAACGACCUCUCACUAGGGUACAGCAGUGUGAGGAAGCUGGUGAAGCUCAGCGCCGUCCAGUUCAUGUUGAAUAAUCACACGAGCGAGCACUUCUCCUUCCUGGGAGUCAACAACCAGUCCAACCUGAGCGACAUGAGGUGUCGGACCACCUUCUACACUGCACUAGGGCGCCUACUCAUGGUCGAUUUAGGUGAAGAUGAAGACCAGUUUGAACAGUUCAUGUUGCCGUUGACGGCAGCGUUCGAGGCCGUCGCUCAGAUGCUCAGCACAAACACCUUCAACGAGCAGGAAGCCAAGAGAACGCUGGUGGGUUUGGUUCGAGACCUUCGAGGAAUCGCCUUCGCUUUCAACGCCAAGACCAGUUUCAUGAUGCUGUUUGACUGGAUAUACCCGGCCUACAUGCCCAUCCUGCAGCGAGCCAUCGAGCUCUGGUACCACGACCCCGCCUGCACCACUCCAGUCCUCAAAUUGAUGGCCGAGUUGGUUCACAACAGAUCUCAGCGACUGCAGUUUGAUGUCUCGUCGCCCAACGGCAUCCUGCUCUUCAGGGAGACCAGCAAGAUGAUCACUACAUACGGGAAUCGCAUCCUGACUCUGGGCGAGGUGCCCAAGGACCAGGUGUACGGCGUCAAGCUGAAGGGGGUCAGCGUGUGCUUCACCAUGCUGAAGGCCGUGCUGAGCGGGAACUACGUCAACUUUGGAGUCUUUCGUCUCUAUGGAGACGACGCUCUGGACAACGCCCUGCAGACCUUCAUCAAACUGCUGCUGUCCAUCCCUCACAGUGAUCUGCUGGAUUAUCCCAAGCUGAGUCAGUCCUUCUACUCGCUGCUGGAGGUCCUGACCCAGGACCACAUGAACUUCAUUGCCAGUCUGGAGCCUCACGUGGUCAUGUACAUCCUGUCGUCCAUCUCAGAAGGACUCACGGCGCUGGACACCAUGGUGUGCACCGGCUGCUGCUCCAGUCUGGACCACAUCGUCACCUACCUGUUCAAGCAGCUGUCGCGCUCCACCAAGAAGAGGCCGGCGGCCAUGGCCACGGACGACAGGUUCUUGCACAUCAUGCAGCAGCACCCGGAGAUGAUCCAGCAGAUGUUGUCGACUGUCCUCAACAUCAUCAUCUUCGAGGACUGUCGAAACCAGUGGUCCAUGUCGCGACCUCUGCUGGGACUCAUUCUGCUCAACGAGAAGUACUUUGCUGACCUGCGGAACAGCAUCGUCAACAGCCAGCCUCCCGAGAAGCAGCAGGCCAUGCACUUGUGUUUCGAGAACCUGAUGGAGGGAAUCGAACGGAACCUGCUGACCAAGAACCGGGACAGGUUCACGCAGAACCUGUCCGUGUUCCGGAGGGAAGUCAACGACAGCAUGAAGAACUCGACGUACGGCGUCAACAGCAACGACAUGAUGAGCUGACAUUCCACACAGGCGAGUCUCACCCCGCAGCGCCCUCUGGCCCCGCCCUCUCACUGCUUCAGCCCCGCCCCCCCGACACGGGGCCGUUGAGCCAGUUCAGCGAGUAACCACAUUGGCGUCACUUCUACGCAGCCCCUCCCCCAACACGAGCAUAUAUAAAUAUAUACAGAUUUAUUUUAAAGUGGCAGGGGGCGCUAGUCCACCACGGAAGGAGGGGGGAGGGGCGGCCGCCGCCGUAGUAACCCGCUUCUGCCUGCCUUGUAUAGAAACACUCAGAAAACACCUGUACAUUUUCUUUUUUUGGUAACAUUUUGAACAAUGUUUAUAACGACCAACUUUAAAACGAAGAAAAAGAAAACAAAAAACAAACCCCGAAAACCGUGUGAUUGAGCUUUUUACAGUGUAGUGAGUUAGUGCAACUGUCUGUGGGGCGGCAGGGGGCGCCGUUCUCCAUGGCCGCUCCCAGAGCCCCGCCUUCUCUCCCUCUCACCCCAGUGGAGGUCGCGACCCCGCUGACGAAGCCCCUCCCCCGAGCGAAGUCCGCUUCAUGUCGGUGGGUCUGGUACCAACUCUUAAGGCGCCGCCCCCUCCGUCAGUCGUGCAGUGAAGCCCCUCCCACGCCGGACCAUCACGCUGUCGACACUCUGGACUCUGGGACCCGCCCCUCUCCCUGGGGCCUGCCGCCUGGCGUGCGUGGGCGCGCGCGUGUGUGUGUGUGUGUGUGGCGGCGGCGGCGGCGGCGCCCGUGAAGGACCCGGUCGAGUAGAGGAGCGCAGGCGAGCGUAGCUGCUAACUGUCGUGAGGAGCGGGUCAUGUGACGAGCGGUGCUGAGAGCGGCAGGUCAUGUGAUGCGGGCACUGGUGGGUGUUUUGGUUUGUGUGUGAUGUGAAUGUGUUGAUAGACUGUCUGCUACAUUAGUGUCAUUGUGACUGCAAAUAAACCUCAUUGAUUUUUA